UAGGUUAGCUUAUUUAAGCUGGUUAUUUUUAUAGUACGAAUAUAAUCGAGAAUAUCACUUUAGCGUGAAUAAAGUAUAAUCUGAGACGACAUACAUUUGGGAAACAACUAAACACCAUACUUCGCCACUAUGGCCCUAAACAGGCUUUUUGCUGGGCUAUCAAUAACACAUACCGUACUGGGACGUCGAACUAUUUAUACGGGAGUCGUUAACUUUGCGAGUAAACCCCCAUUAGACAAGCCGAAGCCAGGAUUCGGCAUAGCUUAUAGGCGCAUAGUCCACUUUCCUGAAGAAUAUACCGUCAAGCCCUUAGAAGUAACCAAUCUUGCAGGCAGAGAUCCAGUGUCAGGUCGCGUUGUAGCUAAAGGCAUAGGAGGCGGCAUCAAGCACAAAUAUCACUGGAUAGCAUGGAUCAGGGAUGGGCCUACGGAGGGCCCUCCUCAAGAGGAGAAGGUUAUACAGGUUAUGGAAGAUGGUUGUCGGACAGCAAACAUAGCCCUAGUUGCAGUUGGAGACAAGUUGAAAUAUAUUUUAGCAACAGAGAACAUGAAAGCCGGUGACAUCAUCAAAACCUCCAGACACUUGCCUAGGAUACCUGUUAGAGCCAAUGAAGGUGAUGCGUACGUCUUAGGGGCACUGCCUACUGGGACCAUUGUCCACUGCAUUGAAAAAGUGCCUGGCAUGGGCGGUCUGUACAUCCACGCAGCCGGCACCUGCGGCACUAUAUUGAGGAAGCAAGACGACCGUAUCAUCGUGCAGAUGCCGUCUAAGAGGCUCUUCAGCUUCGAUCAGCACUGCAUGGCUGUCGUUGGUCGCCUAUCAAACAUAGAGCACGGAAGCACGCCCAUUGGUUCCCCGCAACGUAACCGUUGGCUCGGUAACCGUCCGCGCUCAGGACUCUGGCACCGCAAAGAUGGCCGCCACGGCCGUAAGAUACACCCGCCCAAACCGGUUAAAGAAGUCGGGAAGGCUGAGGCAGCUCGCCCGGCGGCGCUUAAACUGUCCAUGCACCCUUAGAUUAGGACGAUAUUUAGUAGAGAGUUUAAUAAAUAAAUGUAAAUUUUA